UUUGUAUUUUCAGAAUUCAAUGUUGUCCAUGGCCAGUCUAAUCACAAAUAUUGAAACUCUAGUAUUAGACGAUUAUAUGUUUAUUGAUGAAGAUUCACUCUAUGCUUUGCAGAUUUUUUCCCAGGAUAGCACAUCUCAAGUAACCACUAUUCCAAGUGCAAAGUUGUCAGUAUUUGAUUUAUUGAAUUUUACUGGUUCAAAACUUGGUUCCAAUUAUUUAAAAUUAUGGUUAUCAAGACCACUUUAUAAUAUUGAUUCAAUUGAAAAACGACAGAAAACAAUAGAAAUCUUAUUAUUGUCGAAAAAUUCGGAUUAUAUUUCUCAAAUUGAUUUAUUCUUAAAAAAUAUGCCAAAUAUGUCAAAGCUAAUAUUGAGCUUACAAGCUGGCAAGUCUAAUUAUAGAACCUGGGAAUCCAUUAGAAAUUUUAUUAACAAAGCACUAUCAAUAACACAAAACAUCUAUAACUUGGAUAAGAAUGAAAAAAAAAGCUCAAUUGAUUUCGAAGAAUCUAAAGCAUCAAAUAGACUUAUCAUUUCCGAAAACGUUCAUCCCAAACUAGAUGA